AUGGCCAGAGACCGUCUCUUUCUCUUUCAAUUUUGCAACAUGGGUCGUCGGGACAAGUCCUGCAGUCCUGCUUUGAGGCAACGCUUAGCUACAGAGCGUUGGCUCGCCAAACCAGGAAUUCGAGACAGCCAAAACGCGAAGGCACGUCUUCGAGUGGCUCGUAACAGGGCGAAAAAAUUGCAAAUGCAACCUCCCGCAGAGCCAAAUCCGCGCAUUCCUGGCACUGGAUCCCCCCCACUCGAUUACGAUAACAUUUCGCAUGAUUCCCGGUCAGAUUGUGAAGAUGAUCGGUCUUAUGAUUUCCCUUACGACGCUGAACAACAAUCCGCUGCUGCCAUCGCUUCCCCCCCACUCAACGAUUUCCCUUACGACGCUGAACAACAACCCGCCGCUGCCAUCGCUUCCCCCCCACUCAACGAUUUCUCUUACGAGGGCGAACAACAACCCGUCCCUGCCAUCGCUUCCCCCCCACUCAACGAUUUCUCUUACGACGCUGAAACCUCAUUCGACGAUUUCUCUUACGAGGGCGAUGACUCUGUGCUCACCAUGGACAACGACCUUCCUUGUUCUUGUGACGUUCCCACACUGCAAACAAUAGAGAACGCUGUCAGACAAUGGCGGAAAGAGUGGGAAUCAGAGAGUGUGUGGAAUGAAGCGUUCGACGAUGAACUUGGGCGUGCUCGCAUAGAGGGGGAACAUGCCACCACCACAUUCCUUGACGAGUGCGCACAACGUAUUAUAGAUGGGAAGGAGCUACUCGAGAGCAUCCAUGACGUCGUGCGCACACAUUGCCCAUACUGCAGGGAGCGGCUUAAGUAUGAUGGUAUCUUACUAUACGAUUUGCUCGUUUGUGUCGUGUCACAAGUCAAAUUUUUUGAGGUAAAACUAGAUACAGGAUGUAACUAG